GCAUAAUACGAUGUCUCUGCUUCGUCUGGGUAGUGAUUUUAUCGAGGAUAGAUGCUUUCUAGCUUGAGGAAAGACGGAGAGCAAGCGAGAUGAACUUGAAGAGUAUCCAUAUCGGGCGAGCCAUCAAAACAGUCAUAUUCCCACGGCAUGAUUAUUGGCGGGCUCGUGAGGAGUAUGUAAAAGUUGGUGUUCGACGUAGGAGGCGAUAAGCUUGGUCUUACUCGGUGAAUGGCUCGGUGAAUACCAGAUCAUAUUUUUUCGCCCCAGACGAUGUUCUUCCUACAAUCCCUUUCUUCAUCUUACAGACCAGCCGGGCUAUGGCUACCCGCUGUGUCUCCGCGCCUGCCAACAUACUAAAGUUCGGUCGACAUGCCCCUGUAUUAACCCGACUCUUCGUUAGAGGUCUUGCGACACAGAAGAAACCUUCGUCUUUGUUUUCUCGUCUAGACACGUUUGCUAACAGACAUAUUGGCCCUGAUGACAAUGAACUCUCUUAUAUGCUGUCGCAGCUUGGUUAUGACACCAUGGAGGCCUUCGUCACAGACACCGUACCAGACAAGAUCAGGGUUGCGUCGUCGAGCAUCUCCAACCAGAGCAUACCCGCCCUGUCUGAGUCUGAGUUGCAGAAACGCGCUCGAGAGCUCGCCCAACUGAAUAAAAGCUACAAAAGCUACAUCGGUAUGGGCUACCACAAUGCCGUAGUACCUCCGGUGGUCUUGCGAAACGUCAUGGAAAGUCCGGCCUGGUAUACCCCAUAUACCCCGUACCAACCUGAGAUCUCUCAGGGUCGUCUGGAGUCUUUGAUCAACUACCAGACGAUGAUCAUGUCUUUGACCGCCAUGGAUAUUGCGAACGCGUCUCUGUUGGACGAAGCCACCGCUGCCGCGGAAGCAAUGGUUCUGGCGUUCGUUUCGGCUGGACAAAAGAAGCACAAGUUCUUCGUGGACAAAGGUGUCUUGCCUCAGACGAUUGCUGUACUUCAGACAAGAGCAAAGGGUUUCGGUAUUGAAUUGGUUAUCGGCGACGCGCUUUCAGAACUCAAGGACGAGUCUGCCUUCGCCGACCUGUUCGGCGUUCUCGUUCAGUACCCAGACGUAAACGGCGAUAUCGCGGACUAUACCAACCUCGCCAACUUGACGCAUGCUUCCCGCGGCCUUGUCAUUUGCGCCACCGAUCUGCUGGCGCUGACCUUGCUUAAGCCGCCGGGUGAAUGGGGCGCCGACGUCGUUGUUGGAAACUCUGGUCGAUUCGGUGUUCCUGCUGGUUAUGGUGGUCCUCAUGGUGCAUUCUUUGCUUGCUCUGACAAACUCAAGCGGAAGAUGCCUGGUAGGCUGAUUGGCAGAAGUCGGGAUGCUCUUGGCAAGCCUGCUUACAGGCUAGCUCUCCAAACUCGUGAACAGCAUAUCCGUCGUGAGAAGGCUACCAGUAACAUCUGUACGAGUCAGGCUCUUCUGGCGAACAUGGCUGCCAUGUAUGCAGUCUAUCACGGUCCUGUUGGGCUGCGCCGCAUCGCUGGUAAGGUCCACUCUCUCACCCAGGUUCUCAAGUCGGCCCUCGAACAACGUGGAUAUGUUAUUGUCAACAAGCAAUUCUUCGAUACCCUGACGAUCGACGUCUCCGGUGCUGCGAAGGAUGCUGAAGCCAUUCAUGCCACCGCCGCCGCUUCUGGUAUCAACUUGCGUAGGAUUGACAACAAGCAUGUGGGUGUUACUUUGGAUGAAAGUGUCAGCCCAGAAGAUGUCGUCGCUCUCAUCAAUGUGUUCACCUCGGCCACCGGUUCUUCCCCUAUUACCGUCGUCUCGGACUUGACUCCCGUCGAAUCUUUGGCCGUUCCGUUGCCACUGCAACGCGCUUCUCAGUUCCUACCGCACCCCGUCUUCAACACUCAUCAUUCAGAGACUGAGAUGCUUCGAUACAUCUACCACCUGCAAUCAAAGGAUUUGGGACUCGUUCACUCGAUGAUCCCUCUCGGCAGUUGUACGAUGAAGUUGAACAGCACGAGUAGCAUGAUUCCUCUCACAUGGCCUGAGUUUGGUUCGGUACAUCCUUUUGCUCCCGCUGAUCAAGUCGAGGGAUAUCUUGAAAUCAUCAAGGAACUCGAGGCGGAUCUUUGCAAGAUCACUGGUUUCCACGCUUGCUCACUGCAACCGAACUCUGGUGCUGCUGGAGAGUAUGCGGGUUUGUCUGUCAUCCGUGCUUACCAUGAGUCCCGAGGCGAAGGUCACCGUGAUAUCUGUCUUAUUCCCGUCAGUGCACAUGGAACGAACCCUGCCUCUGCUCACAUGGCUGGCCUGAAAGUGAUUCCCGUCAAGUCGCUUCCUGAUGGUAGCUUAGACCUAGAAGAUCUCAAGACGAAGGCUGAGAAGUACAAGGAUAACUUAGCUGCAUUUAUGAUCACGUAUCCAUCGACAUUCGGUGUCUUCGAAGAUGGUGUAGCGGAUGCUUGCAAGAUCAUACAUGACAACGGUGGUCAAGUAUAUUUGGACGGUGCCAACCUCAAUGCGCAAAUCGGUUUGACGAACCCUGCCACGUGUGGCGGAGAUGUCUGCCACAUGAACUUGCACAAGACUUUCGCCAUUCCUCAUGGAGGUGGAGGUCCUGGCGUUGGACCUAUUUGCGCUGCGGAACAUCUGGCUCCAUUUCUUCCCGGUCACCCUGUCAUUCCCACUGGCGGUGACAAGGCGAUCUCGGCUGUCGCUGCUGCUCAGUUCGGUAGUGCUUCUAUUCUCCUGAUCUCCUGGGCUUACAUCAAGAUGCUCGGCGGAAACGGCUUGUCUGAAUCAACGAAGGCUGCUCUUCUGAACGCGAACUACAUGGCUCAUCGUCUCAAGGACUACUACAGUCUGCGUUACAAGAAUGCCAACGGACGUGUUGCUCACGAGUUGUUGAUUGAUCUUGCGGAAUUUGAUAAGGCAGCCGGUCUGAAGGUCACGGACUUCGCUAAGCGUCUCCAGGACUAUGGUUUCCACCCACCUACCUGCUCUUGGCCAAUCUCAACUUGCAUGCUGAUCGAACCCACUGAGUCCGAAUCUCUGCAUGAGAUCGACAGAUUCUGCGACGCUAUGAUCCAAAUACGAAAGGAAGCCGACGAGAUUAUCUCCGGCAAGCAGCCCAAAGAUAACAAUGUUCUCAAGAACGCUCCUCACCCUAUUGCUGUCCUGACUCAGGCAGAGUGGAACAAACCUUACUCUCGUGAAAAGGCAGUAUAUCCCGCCCUUUGGCUCAAGGAAAAGAAAUUCUGGCCAACCGUUGCUAGAAUUGACGACGCAUACGGUGACAUCAACCUCAUUGUAAUGCGACUGCCCUUCCGUAGAGGAAACCGCCUCCGCGUGAAAUCAUGAUUCAUGUUCAACAGACAAUUCACCUUAGCUUCCACGUUCAACCGUCUUGCGUGCAUCGUUCCUGUCCCAUAGAUAUCUAACUUACUCCCGCUUCAUUUUUGUAAAUUCGACAUAGACUCUGUAUUAUAAGUAAUCCUGUAACAAUCCCGAAUAGAUUGAGUGCAUUUUAGAGAAUCUACAUGUUUCAGAAGUUGCGGAUAUCUGCAGGUAGCGACUCCCAGAGAUCCGGCAAAUAUGAUUUAAUCUUCGUCCGUACCUCUCCCUCACGAUUCUCCCGUAUAGCGAAACGAAGCAGAAGCCUAACGAUCCCUUCGUCUGGUGGAAUGCUUCUGUCAUCCUUCCCCAUCUCCAGACAUACCAAUUUCAGCGCGUCUCCGAGUUUGUCUAAGCGACACAAGCACUCCAGCCAGUUAAUCCAGUUGCGCCGGUUUAGCUUGUAGUUGGAUUCGUGUAACCUGGUGUAGAUGUCUGUAGCCGUCCGAACAGCCCCGGCAUAUGCGCAUGCAUCCAUGAUGAUGCUUAUGCUCGCCUGAUCAAACUUGCGAGAGAUGAACAAGGUGUUCCAUAACUGAUACGCAUC